AUGCCGGUGGGAUUGAGGCGGCCCUACGGCUCGGGCGCCGCCGCGAUCCAGGCAGGCCGGUCGGCUGGCCCCGGCUGCUUGAAGAAUCUCAUGGAAAUUUUCACUCACCGAUUUUUUCCGGCCGAGAGAGAGCCAGCGAAGGACAAAAUGGCCAGCCUAGAUGCAGCAGCAGCCUGUGGAUCGAUCCGAAAGCCCCACGCUCCGUUGCGAGUUUCCCUCGUGGGUGGGAGGGAUCUGUUCCAACAGCUCUACCAAGCCGAGAGUGAUUUUUGGAGGUCGAUCCUGGCGGGAUGCUGAUGGCGCGCAGUCCUUCAGUCACGCACCAACCAGAUAGAGGUCGAUCGGUCGGU